AAAAAAAAAAAAGAAAAGAAAUCCUGGUCUGAGGGGAAGACAGCUCUGUUCCCAUCUGAGAGAGGGACCCUGAUGACAGGCCCAAGUGGGAAGUCUUGGUGAAGAAGAGGAGGAAUGGGUAACUUGGGGACUCCCCAGGGUGUGAGGGAUGGGCUGGAAACCAUAUGCCCUGAAUCCAUGGGAAGCCAAGCUGCGAAGCCCAAAUCAGAACUCCACUGGACUCCAAAGGCCUUUGGGAACCAGGCACUGCAGCCGUGGGGAGGCACAGAGCCUGGCUGGGGAAUAGGACUGGGGGGGGGGGGGCAGUGUGCAGGUCCCUUGGAGCCCCCUGCCCCAUGCCCUACUCUGCUGAGUAGCCCUGACUCUGCAGGGACUGGGGUGACCCUGUUCAUCGCCCUGUAUGACUAUGAGGCCCGGACAGAGGAUGACCUCACCUUCACCAAGGGUGAGAAGUUCCACAUCCUGAACAACACUGAGGGUGACUGGUGGGAAGCCCGGUCUCUCAGCUCCGGACAAACUGGCUACAUUCCCAGCAACUACGUGGCCCCUGUGGACUCCAUCCAGGCCGAAGAGUGGUACUUUGGAAAGAUCGGGAGGAAAGAUGCGGAGAGGCAGCUGCUCUCCCCAGGGAACCCCCGGGGGGCCUUUCUUAUUCGUGAGAGUGAGACUACCAAAGGUGCCUACUCCCUAUCCAUCCGGGAUUGGGACCAGGACAGAGGCGACCACGUGAAGCAUUACAAAGUCCGCAAGCUGGACACGGGUGGCUACUACAUCACCACACGGGCCCAGUUCGACUCGGUGCAGCAGCUGGUGCAGCACUACGCUGAGGUGAACGACGGGCUAUGCCAACUGCUCACGGUGGCCUGCACCACCAUGAAGCCGCAGACAAUGGGCCUGGCCAAGGACGCUUGGGAGAUCAGCCGCAGCUCCAUCGCGCUCGAGCGCCGCCUGGGCACCGGCUGCUUCGGGGACGUGUGGCUCGGCAUGUGGAACGGCAGCACGAAGGUGGCGGUGAAGACCCUGAAGCCGGGAACCAUGUCCCCGAAGGCCUUCCUGGCGGAGGCGCAGAUCAUGAAGAUGCUGCGGCACGACAAGCUGGUGCAGCUGUAUGCGGUGGUAUCGGAGGAGCCCAUCUACAUCGUGACCGAGCACAUGUGCCACGGUAGCUUGCUGGAGUUCCUCAAGGCCCGGGAAGGCCAGGAUUUGACACUGCCCCAGUUGGUGGACAUGGGAGCCCAGGUGGCUGAGGGCAUGGCCUACAUGGAACGCAUGAACUACAUCCACCGAGACCUGAGGGCAGCCAACAUCCUUGUUGGGGAACGGCUGGUGUGCAAGAUCGCUGACUUUGGGCUGGCCCGUCUCAUUGAGGAUGAUGAGUACAACCCCCAGCAAGGGGCCAAGUUCCCCAUCAAGUGGACAGCCCCAGAGGCUGCUCUCUUUGGCAGAUUUACCAUCAAGUCAGAUGUGUGGUCCUUUGGGAUCCUGCUCACUGAACUCAUCAGCAAGGGCCGAGUCCCCUACCCAGGCAUGAAUAACCGGGAAGUGUUGGAGCAGGUAGAGCAUGGCUACCACAUGUCAUGCCCCCCAGGCUGCCCAGUAUCCCUGUACGAAGCCAUGGAGCAGACCUGGCGUCUGGACCCAGAGGAGAGGCCUACCUUCGAGUACCUGCAGUCCUUCCUUGAGGACUACUUCACCUCCACAGAACCCCAGUACCAGCCUGGGGAUCAGACAUAGCCUGCUUGGGCAUCCACCACCUUUCUGGGGUGCCCACCAAUCCCUUCCAAUCUCCAGGGCUCUGGUCUCAAAGCCCCCAGGCUUAGAACCCUAUAGGGUCUUACCGUGUCAGAAAAAGCAGGUUGCACUUGACACCAUCUAGGGCAACCCACUCAUUUUUAAAGAUGGGACCAGUCCAGGCUUAGAGAUCAUCCCUCACUCUGGCCCCAAGCACUAUUUCUCCCUUUCCCACUUAGGCUCCUACCUCUAGACUCUCUUCCCACCUAUCCCCCAAAAGAAAUGCUCAGACCUUGUCUAGUUAUUUAUAAAACUGUAUAUCCUUUCCCUCCCUUACCUCCUAUCCCUGCUUUUUUACCCUAUCAUCCCACCCUGAAUUCACCUCCUACUCAAUUCUCUUGUGUCUGUAAGUUGCAAAGACAGGGAAAGUUUUUGCUGGAUCCCUUUCCUGCUGGGUGGACACUGUGGUCCCAGACUAGGGUGAAAGCCCAGGGUGAGGGAGAGGCUUGCUGAGGGCUCACUGCCUCUCUGAAUCAUGUGUGUGUUUAUUGCUUUUUGUAAAUAAGAAAAGUGACAAUAUGAAUCCU